AUGAAAUUUGAAAUAUAUCUUACAAAGUUAAUUUUACUACUUAGCCAAGUAAAGGCUUCAAAUCUCUACUUAGAAUGCUCUUGCCUCUAUGCCCAGGAUCGUAAUAGUACUGCUGCACAGACAUCGUCAGAAGUUGUAUUGAAUGCCUCAAUGGCCCGUCAUGCUAAAAAUGGUUGUUAUUUGAUAUUCAUUGUGGGUACCAAGGAGGAAAUUGUCACAUUCCGCUUCAAAAAAGUACAGUUAAGGCCUCACUGUUUGGACUACAUCGAGAUUUUUCCAUACCUUCGUGAACCGGUUGUUGAGAACAUAACUAUGGCAGAAUAUAUGUAUUGCAAUUAUAGUCAAUCAUUUGUACCCUCACAGCCAACGCCGUCGUCAAACUUUGACAGCAUUAAUGACAAACGCCUGGCCAAUUUAUCUAGUACGACCCAAAUACAUAUCACAACUACGAGGCCCAUGUUUCUUUCGCCUACUCACGAGUUUAUUUAUAGCUCGCAUAGAAUUCUAGCCAUACGUGUACGCUUCAAUAAAUCAUCAUUACCUGGUGCAAAACGAUUAAUCAAUAAUUGGCCUCUGCAGCUAACAGGAGAAUAUAGAUUUUUGAAGAAAGAACAUUUUCAAAACGAUGGUCGUUUAAUAAAGAAUUCGUAUUGUGAUUACUAUUUCUUUGCCAACCCCGAAAACUCUUACGAAGCAUUAAAAGUGUGGAAAUACUUUCACUCUCCGCGUUUUCCCGCCAAAUAUCCGGCCCACAUAAAGUGCUUCUACAAAUUUAUUGGAAGGCGCAAUAGCCACGUGCAAGUAUCGUUUGAAGAAAUAAAUAUACCGAAGGGAGAAAACGGUUGCGACUUAGAUAAAUUAAUUAUUUACGAUUCGGAAUCGGCCAACACUAAUAAGAUAGUCGAUGUUCUUUGCGAUUUUCCACCUUCAAAAGUGUUUCUAAGUUCUGGUCCCGACUUAGUAAUUGAAUUUAACGCGAGUUCCAACACAACAGCUAAAGGCUUUAGAGGAAAAUUUCGUUUCCUACACAAUGAAGUACUCAUAUUUAUUGAUACGCAGCGAUAUGUUAACGCAACAGAAAGUAAUCAAAAUCGAAUACCAGACUAUGAAAAUGAAAAAAUUAGAAAUACUCAAGGUGACUGUAAAUUCAUGUACGAUUCGAACUUAAAUAAGACGGGCAUUUUUGACACUAAUCAGCUGUUUACGAUACAACACAUUAGGUUAGCAGAAAAUAACAUUUUGUUUCGCGCAGUGGAACCAAUAGAAUGUACUUAUGAAUUCUACGGCCAACGCGAGGAAAGAGUUCAAAUCAAAUUCUUAGAUUUUAAUAUCCCCAGUGAAUCGCAAAAUUCUCCCAAUUGCUAUGCAAAUAAUUCAUUACAGCUGUUAACUGAUGUUAGGGGGAGCAAAUACGAAGUGACAGACAUGUAUUGUGGACGAUUUCUACCAAAACCGAUAAUGUCAAAAGGUACAAAAUUAGCGCUACAAUUUGUAGGAAAAUAUCCAAUUUCUCAAUACGACGACAACGGCAAAGGGAUUUAUUACGGUUUUAAAGCCGAAUACCGAUUUUUAACAAAUUAUGGCGUAAUCAGCGGCCACCAGUUGGGGUACGACUGCAUUUUUACUUAUAACAGCACAAAAAAGAAAAGUGGUUUAUUCAUGUCCCCUAAUUUUCCCGGAUUUUAUCCUCAAAAUAUUAUAUGCCACUUCUAUUUUUACGGAGACUUGCAAGAACGAAUUCUUAUACAAUUCGAUAUCUUUGACGUGGAAGGUAUAGGGAGUUGCGAGUAUUUGACGGCUAGUGAUUACGUCGAAUUUUCUAAUUUUAUGAGCACAGAUCGUAAAUAUCGGAAAUUUUGUGGUAAACGUGAGAAAUUCAAUAUACGUUCGGAUGACCGCUUCUUUCGAGUAUCACUCUACACCAACGAUCGCUUCGAUCGUAGUGGUUUUCGGGCUUAUUACUCCUUUGAAAGCAAAGCAAAGUCAUCGGAUAACACUUCAGCCCAAGGUUUUAUGAUUUCGCACGCAAAAUGUUCAAAAUUAACUGCUUACUUUCAAAUAAAUAGACUUAUUUUCAUUACGUUACUUUGUUCAUUGUAUUAA